GGGACUUUGGCCCGGAGGCAGCGUGAUCAAAUCAACCGCUCUCCAAGUGUGGGCGGCGCCGUAGCGCCCCGCACUCUCGCACCGGGUUUGUUUGUUUCUUUAAACUUUAUUAUUAUUGUUUUUUUUUUAUGACACUUCUCUGAGGUAAAAUUGCAGUGAACGCCCGGACGUCCAAUCAGGGAGGAGGUCACUAGUAUGCAAAUGUGCCGUUAUCGGCAGUCACGUCAGCAGCGGCGGCAGCAACACAGAAGCAGGCAACCAGCAGCGCCCGCGGAGGUGGCGGUGGUGGUGGCCGGGCUUGGGUUUUGGCUUGGCGGCGACGCAGAAGCAGCUGUGCGGAGGUCGCCCGCAGAGCAGCCAACUUCACCGAGAACACGCACGCAUGUCUCCGCUUUUGGCGUCGCUUCGACCGGCUGCCUUUCGGAUUCAUGAUGUGAUGCCAUAGCUCUUCGAACACUGGUUCACCAUAACCAACGCGGAUCCCCUGAACUUCAGAAGGUUCCGUGACCCCAUCAGAGCUCCAGUAUGGAUUUUUUUGACGACCCCAAUCUCUUUGGUGGAGGUCUGGAAGGGGUGGACGUCGACGGCUUCCCGUCAGCUCCGUCGUUUGUGGAUGAGCUCAAUCUCACCGCAGACUUUGAGCCUAUCCAAGUGGAGCCUCUCGCUCCUGGGAAAAACCAAGACAUGAUGCUGCCGGUGUCUUCCACGUCCACCCACCAAGCCGUGCCUUCGUACAGUCAGCAGAUGGGGCACUACAUUGGAAUUAAGGCACAGAAUCCUGUUGGGCAGCCAUUUUCCAAUCCUGGUGGUACAGGCGGUGUGGCGGCAGAGCAACGGGGCCAUUACCUAAAUGGCCCCGUCAGCCAAGUACCUCAAUCCAAUGGGUUGUUCUUCAACAGUAGCAGCCCGAUGUGGGGGAAUCAGGACCAGAACGGUAACAUGUACCAUCCUUUGUCCCAGCAGCAGCAGCAGCAGCAACUGUACAACCAGCAAAUGCAUGUCGGACAGCCACAAAGACAUCAUCCGCAUCAGCACAGGAUGCGUCAACAGCAACAACGGCCGAGUCACCCGCAACAGCUGUUCAACCAGAGCCAGCAUCAACACAUGAACAUGCAGGCUAUGCCUUUGCAGCAACGCCACCAUCACGGGUUCCCCUUUCACCAGGGGAGCCAGCCUCAGAGCCAGCAGCAGGUUCACCAGAGUCCACAGCAGCCUCAACACCAGCUAGCUGCGGUGGGAACAAGGUUUCAUUCAGCAGUAGUGCCGAGUCCAAAUGACCACAUGCCGGGAUCUUGCCUGCAGCAGCAACAGAAGCGCAGCUUCUCUUGCCGAUUAGGAAUGGCUGAAAACAACCCACCCAUGGAUUCGUCAUCUUUGGUUCACUCACUGCCCACUUACUCUGUGAGUUCUGUCACCACUUACCGACCAGCUCAGUACCCUUCCUACCCCGGAGAGCCAGAAAUGGGCUGUCUGAGUCGGCCGUCUAUGUCGUCGGUGGCGGUGGCUCGGCCCGCCGCCACCGCUACUCCCCUGGCGGCAGCUCUGCCCGAGCUCCCGGGGGCAGCAUGUCAGUUUCCAUCCGCAUCACUUAUGGGUCAGCAUCAUGCUCAGACCUCAGUUAACCAGGCAGAGCAAUGUCCUUUUCUAGCUUUACGCUGUCGCGGAGAAACGCAGGGAAACAACAAGUUGUCCGAGAUGUUUGGCGAAUCCAUGAGCUGCUACCCGGGCGUGGCCCACCAGUUGCCCUCUGAGCAGCCUCAGCGCCACGCGAACGGAUACCCAUCCCUAGGGGACAAUCUCUUGGCAUCGGAGGCUCAGAAUGGAGAUUUGGCAGGGUUGGAGCCCCCUGACCUCUUGCCGGACUUUCUGCCCCAGCUGGAGGCCGCGCUCAGCCAACCAGAUCAAUCCAACGGUUCCUGGGCUGAUUCCAACCAGGCGUGGGGGCACGAGCAUCGGACACAAACACCUGUUGGACAAAAGGAAGACAAGCCUCGAAAGAACACCAAUGGUCCCGCGAGCCACGUCCGGGCGCUCAGUCCUGUGAUGAAGAGCAGCUCGUCGUCGUCCUCCUCUUCAUCAUCCUCGUCGUCGUCAUCUUCAUCGUCGUCCUCGUCCUCGUCUAGCUCUCCCUCGGAGAAGAGGACGCCGCGGCGGACGCACCUCCAGACGGAAGUUGUGCCCUUGGACAAGCAGGAAAAGGCCAAUCGGAUCAUAUCGGAGGCCAUAGCUAAAGCCCGCCAGCGCGGCGAGAAGAACAUCCCGAGGAUCAUGAGCCCGGAGAGCUUCCCCAGCUCGUCGUCCCAGCACAAAAGCCACACGGAGCAUAAAGGAAACGGCAAAACGCGGUCCAAAUUUAAAGCCUCCAGGAAGGCCUCCAUCGUCCCUUCCUCCGCAUCCAAACAGAAGCCCAAGAUAGGGAAAAUUGUCAUCAAGAUUGGAAAGAAGAAGAAGCGAAAGCCCGAGUCUUCUGAAGAGCAGUCGGAUGAUGACCCUCCGCCUCGACACACUUCCAGAGACUCGAAGAGACGCUCCAAUCGUCAGGUGAAGAGGAAGAAAUAUGCCGAGGAGCUGGAGGCCAGACUGUCAGACGAGGAUGGCAAAGUGAUCGUCAAAGCCAAGAAGGCCAACGCGGUGGCCUCCAAGCAGCCUGCAGUGCAGCUCUUUGUGGAAAACCCCAGUGAAGAAGACGCCGCCGUGGUGGACAAAAUCAUGUCCUCUCGUGUUGUCAAGAAGGAGGUUUCCCCAGGCGUGCUGGUUGAAGUGGAAGAAUUUUUUGUCAAGUACAAAAACUACUCCUACCUCCACUGCGAGUGGGCCACGGAGGGCCAUCUGGAAAAGGACAAGCGGAUCCAGCAGAAGAUCAAACGCUUCAAGAUGAAACAGGCACAGCGGGCACUUUUCUUCGCCGACAUGGAAGAAGAGCUCUUCAACCCGGACUAUGUCGAGGUGGACCGUGUGCUCGAGGUGUCGUAUUGCGAAGACAAAGACACAGGAGAGGAAGUGGUCUACUACCUGGUGAAGUGGUGCUCCCUGCCCUACGAGGACAGCACCUGGGAGCUGAAGGACGACGUGGAUCAGAGCAAAAUAGAGGAGUUCGAGCAGCUGCAGGCGGCCAAGCCGGACUCGCGCAGAGUGGAUCGGCCCCCAGCCAACCUAUGGAAGAAGAGGGAUCAAUCGCGGCAAUACAGGAACGGCAACAGCCUCAGGGACUACCAGCUGGAGGGGGUCAACUGGCUGCUCUUUAACUGGUACAACAGGCGAAACUGCAUACUGGCUGACGAGAUGGGCCUGGGCAAGACCAUCCAGUCCAUCACCUUCCUGGAGGAGAUCUACCGCGUGGGCAUCAAGACGCCUUUCCUCAUCAUCGCCCCGCUGUCCACCAUCGCCAACUGGGAGCGCGAGUUCCGCACGUGGACGCACCUGAACGUCAUCGUGUACCACGGCAGUGUUGUCAGCAGGCAGAUGCUGCAGCAGUACGAGAUGUACUUCAGGGACGCGCAGGGUCGCGUGUUGCGAGGCGCCUACAAGUUCCAGGCGGUCAUCACCACAUUCGAGAUGAUCCUGGGAGGCUGUCCGGAGCUCAAUGCCAUCGAGUGGCGCUGUGUCAUCAUCGACGAAGCGCACCGCCUCAAGAACAAGAACUGCAAGCUGCUGGAAGGCUUCAAGCUCAUGAGCCUGGAGCACAAGGUCCUGCUGACGGGCACUCCUCUCCAAAACACAGUGGAGGAACUCUUCAGCCUAUUGCACUUCCUGGAGCCGGCACGUUUCCCGUCGGAAAACACCUUCAUGCAGGAGUUUGGAGACCUCAAGACUGAAGAACAGGUCCAGAAGCUGCAGGGCAUCCUUAAGCCGAUGAUGCUGCGGCGCUUGAAGGAAGAUGUGGAGAAGAAGCUGGCGCCCAAAGAGGAGACCAUCAUCGAGGUGGAGCUCACCAACAUUCAAAAGAAGUACUAUCGUGCCAUCCUGGAGAAGAACUUCUCCUUCCUGGCCAAGGGAGCGGGCCAGGCAAACAUGCCCAACCUGGUGAACACUAUGAUGGAAUUGAGGAAGUGCUGCAACCACCCCUACCUCAUCAAAGGGGCAGAAGAGAAAAUCCUGGAGGACUUCAGGGAGGUUUAUAGCCCGGCUGCCUUGGACUUCCACUUGCAAGCCAUGGUGCAGUCUGCCGGGAAGCUGGUCCUCAUCGACAAACUGCUGCCCAAGAUGAAAGCCGGCGGGCACAAGGUGCUCAUUUUCUCCCAAAUGGUGCGCUGCUUGGACAUCUUGGAAGACUACCUCAUACAGAGAAGGUACUUGUACGAGCGGAUAGACGGUCGCGUUCGUGGAAACUUGCGACAGGCGGCCAUCGACCGCUUCAGCAAGCCCGACUCGGACCGCUUCGUGUUUCUACUGUGCACGCGAGCCGGUGGCCUGGGGAUCAACCUCACGGCGGCGGACACCUGCAUCAUUUUUGACUCCGACUGGAACCCGCAGAACGACCUCCAGGCACAGGCACGUUGCCAUCGGAUUGGUCAGAACAAGGCGGUGAAGGUGUACCGCCUGAUCACCAGGAACUCGUACGAGCGAGAGAUGUUUGACCGCGCCAGCCUCAAACUGGGUUUGGACAAAGCUGUGUUGCAAAGCAUGAGCGGCCGUGACAACAGCCUGGGAGGAGGUGCAGCAGGAGGCACUGGGGGAGGGGCGGUCCAGCAACAGUUAUCCAAAAAGGAGAUUGAGGAUCUCCUUCGACGCGGAGCCUACGGCGCCAUCAUGGACGAGGAGGACGAGGGGGCCAAGUUUUGCGAGGAGGACAUUGACCAGAUCCUCCAACGGCGAACCAAGACCAUCACUAUCGAGUCCGAGGGCCGAGGGUCCACCUUUGCCAAGGCCAGUUUUGUAGCAUCCGGGAACCGCACAGACAUCUCGCUGGAUGACCCCAACUUCUGGGACAAGUGGGCGAAAAAGGCCGACAUCGACAUGGAAAUGGCCAAUGGCAGAAACAGCCUGGUUAUCGACACGCCCCGCGUCAGGAAGCAGACGCGGCCUUUCAGCUCCACCAAGGAUGAGUUGGCGGAGCUGUCCGAGGGCGAGAGCGACAGCGACGACACCAAACCCAAAGUCAGACGAGCCCACGAGCGGCCCAACAGCUACGGACGCACAGAAUGCUUCCGCGUGGAGAAGAAUCUGCUAGUAUACGGGUGGGGCCGCUGGAAGGACAUCCUCAACCACGGUCGUUUUAAGAAGCAGCUGACCGACUGGGACGUGGAGUCCAUCUGCAGAGCGCUGCUGGCUUACUGUUUGGUACACUAUCGUGGCGAUGACAAAAUCAAAGGCUUCAUGUGGGAUCUGAUUGCACCCGCCGAAGACGGCCGCACUAAGGAGCUGCAGAAUCACUUGGGUCUGUCCGCGCCUGUUCCUCGGGGCCGCAAGGGCAAGAAGAUGAAGACCCAGUCCAGCUCGUUUGACAUCCACAAGGCUGAGUGGUUACGGAAGCACAACCCGGAGCAUAUACUCCAGGACGACGGCUACAAGAAACACCUCAAGCAUCACUGUAACAAGGUGUUGCUCCGGGUCAGAAUGCUGUACUACCUGAAACAAGAGGUGAUAGGCGAGGAGGCCCAGAACGUUCUGAACAACGUGGAUGCUAGUGACAUCAAGAUCUGGGUGCCGGAGCCGGACCAUUCGGAACUGCCGGCCUUGUGGUGGGACAUCCUCUCUGACAAGUGUCUGCUACUAGGGGUCUACAAGCAUGGUUAUGAGAAGUACAACACCAUCCGAGCGGACCCCACGCUGUGCUUCCUAGACCGUGUUGGCCGACCGGACGACAAGGCCAUCGCUGCCGAACAGAGAAGCAACGAUUUCAUGGACGGGGAUGUGGACGAUCCAGAGUACAAGCCCGCUCCAGCCCUGCUGAAGGACGACAUGGAGGAUGACGCCUCUUCUCCCGGAGACUUGGUUGUCACUGACAACGCCGGAGACACGGGUUCGGGAGCAGCGGGUGCAUACUGGCCCCCGUCCUCCUUGCUCACUGCCCGGCUGAGGCGUCUGAUCACCGCCUCGCAGCGCUACACCAAGAGCCGUCAGAUCCUGCAAAUCCACCAAGUGCAGUCACAGUGCCAGUCUCAGCUGGCCGCCAUGAUGUCGACGCCCCUCGGCCCGCCGCCGCCAUCGGCGGCGAUGCUGCUGCCGCCAGCGGUUCUCAGUGACCCGCUUAACCCCAAGAUGGCUGCCAAGAUUGAACGACAACAAAGAUGGACCAGGCGGGAAGAAGCCGACUUCUACCGGGUGGUCUCCACCUUUGGCGUGGUCUUCAACCCGACGCUGGGCCGCUUCGACUGGACGAAAUUUCGGGCAAUGGCACGGCUGCACAAGAAGACAGACGAAAGCCUGCAGAAGUACCUGUGCGCCUUCGCUGCCAUGUGCAGACGCGUUUGCCGCCUGCCGCCCAAAGAAGGAGACUCUGCGGUGGACCCAUCCCUCAACAUCCAGCCCAUCACAGAGGAACGGGCGUCGCGCACCUUGUACCGGGUGGAACUGCUGCGCCAGGUGAGAGAGCAGGUCCUUUGCCACCCCUUGCUCUACGAGCGCCUGCCGCUGUGCCAGAUCAGCUCCGACUUGCCCGCGUGGUGGGAGGUCGGCACCCACGACCGGGACCUGCUCAUUGGCGCCGCCAAGCACGGGGUCAGCCGCACGGAUUAUCACAUACUCCGAGACCCCGAUUUGGGCUUCAUGGCGGCCCAGCGCAGCUACAGUCAGACAAAAGCGGUGCCGCAACGGCAGUCGCUAGGCUUCACGCCGCUCCUUCAACCUCAGUACCAGGCAACGGCCUCUGCUUCGGCAGUCCCGCCUCCCGCCCCGAGGGACUCGGAGACUGGCGGGGUUAUCCCGCAAGUGGAGCCCCCCUCAGAAGGGGAGGAAAACAGAGAGAAAGCGAAGGAGAACUGGAGUCCCGCCCUCGCAGCGGAGACCCCCACAGGAGUCGCCGAGGACAAACUCGACAGCGAGGGACAGAUGGUGGCAGCAAGGACAAAGCCCCUCACACCCAACUCCUCAGAGAGAAAGCCCAAGAAGUCCAGCAAGAGGGGCCGCAGGGAGAGGCGGGCCUCAGGGGCCGAGUCGGACCGCUCGUCUUCCAGCUCUUCGUCGCGCUCCUCCUCAUCUUCUUCGUCGUCCUCUUCUUCCUCGUCCCACACCGGGUCCAGCUCCUCUUCGUCUUCAUCGUCCUGCUCCUCUGGCUCUUCGUCGUCAUCCUCCUCUUCCUCUUCUUCGGAUGACAGUGACAGCGAAGGAGAGGACGGGAAGAAGAAAGUGCCUGCAGCCCCAAGCGUGAAGGGCUUCGACGAGGACAGCGUGGCGUCGUUAGGCACCGUGCUCAACGAUGCGCAAGACUCCCACGCCGCCCAGAACGGUGUCACCAACAGCGUGUCGCAUCCCUUCCAGGCGGGAGGCUACAUGCUCGCUGCCUCCCACUGGCCGAAGGACCGGGUGAUCAUCAACCGUCUGGACAGCAUAUGCCAGGCGGUGCUGAAGGGCAAGUGGCCGGCCACGCGGCGCGUCUACGAGCCCGGCGGCCCCGUGGCGUCCUUCUACACCACCAAGCUUUUGGACAGCAGCCUGUGCGAGGACCCCUCGGCCUCGCCACAGGGGUCAAAGGUGACCGAGCAUGUUGCAGAAAGCAAGGAAUUCUCAGUCAAGCUGAACGAUCAGGAGGGAGGUCUCAAGUUGACCUUCCAGAAACAGGGUCUACCUCUGAAGAGAGCCCUGGACUCAGAGGAGGCACCCCAAGCCCAGCAGCAGCAGUAUCUGGCCCGGCUCCAUGAUCUGCAGAGCGCCUCUGACACGGGCCUGGCUGACAUCACCAAGCCACAAUGCAGCUUCCAGAACAGUUUUUCUGGCACCGUGAGGCUGAACGGGGUUCUGGAUUGCCAACCGGUGGUGAAGCGUCGACGGGGGAGGAGGAAGAACGUGGAGGGCAUGGACCUGCUCUUCAUGAACAGGACUCAGGUUCCCGAACAGGCGGCUCCUGGGUGGGGCGGCAUUGGCCAAGUGGGCGCGGCAAUUCCAGGGUACAACCACCAGACCUCUGGGCUGGGACCGGAAGACGUGGAGAGCAGGGUCUCGGUCAUCAACCUCAAAGACGGCACCCGGCUGGCUGGGGACGACGCUCCCAAGAGGAAAGACCUGGACCAGUGGCUGAAGGAGCACCCGGGCUUCGUGGCCGACACGGGCGCUUUUAUCCCCGGCGUGAACAAGAUGCCUCUGCAGUUCCACGUCCAGGACGGGCGACCCAAGCAGAAGAGGCACCGCUGCCGGAACCCCAACAAAAUCGACGUCAACAGCCUGACGGGCGAGGAGCGAGUGCAGAUCAUUAACAGGAGGAACGCCCGAAAGGUUGGUGGAGCUUUUGCGCCUCCUCUCAAGGAUCUGUGCCGCUUCCUUCAGGAGAACCCUGAGUACGGCGUCCCGCCCGAAUGGGCCGACGUCGUCAAACAGUCGGGUUACCUCCCAGCGAGCAUGUUUGACAGGAUCCUGACGGGUCCCAUCGUUCCCGAGGAGGUGAGCCGGCGAGGGCGGCGUCCAAAGAAUCCUCUGGUUAAGGCAGCGAUGGCGGCCAUGACGCCUAACACUACGGCGAUGGCGGCGUCCUCCGCCCUGGGCCUCAACCCCCUGCUGGCCAACGGGCUUCUGUCGGGCAUGGACCUGAGCAGCCUUCAGGCCUUCCAGCAGAACCUGCAGCUCACCGCCGGCCUCAUGGGCCUGCCCCCCUCGGACGCCGGAAACCUGGCGGCGAGUAAUCUGGCCGCCAUGUUUCCCAUGAUGCUCUCAGGCAUGGCGGGGCUGCCCAACCUCCUGGAUGUGAGCGGCUUGCUCGGGAAGAAUCAGGAAGGAGGCGCGGGCAGCGCGGGCAGCGCGGGUGGCGCGGGCGGCGCGGGCGGCACGAGCGGCGCAGGCUCCGAGGACAAGGAGAUGGGAAUCGGCGGCACUACAGGAGAGCCCUGCGCCCCCAGCGAGGAACGGACAAAAGGCGGCGACCCCGCCGCCGCCGCCGCCUCCUCCCAAAGUGCCUCGUCCACCUCUAGCCCCCCUCUCCCGCUCAACCCCUUGUUGCUGUCCAGCAUGCUUUACCCAGGGAUGCUUCUCACUCCAGGCCUUAACCUCCCCGUGCCCAACACGCAACCCGACAACACGCCGCUUCCUCCUCCCACUCCCCCGCCUCCUCCUCAAGCACCCGCUGUCAAAGCGGAAACUCUGGAAGAUGAUGACGACGACGACGACGAUGAGGAUGAAGAAUCAGGAGAGCACAAAGACAACAGUGGGAAAGCCGAGUCGUCUUCAUCCGACUCCGGGAGCUCUUCUUCUUCCUCAGACGACUCUGACUCCAGCAGCAAGGACUGAGGGAAUAUUCAUUUAUUUAUGUACUCCCCCCUUACAAAUGUAUUCAUAUAUUCACAAAUAUGUGGACCCCCCCCCCCACCUACCACCAUCUAUCACCCUCCUCCCAGCACUUACGUUUUAUUUACAUGUAAAUAACUAACUGCAUUGUUGUGUAUUAAAGCAAAAAUUUCAACAAAAACCACCACCAACAAAAAGAAAACUGAAAUCAAAUGUCAACGUUGGUGGAUGAGGUAGCGUCUUGUUUCCAGACAUUUUGCAUGUCGGACUUGAAUAGAACCGUCACCUUGUACUGUUUCAAACAAAAACAAAAAAAAAAGGCAUUAUUGUAAUUAUUAUGAAGUCAGGAUUUAAUUUUAUUAUUAAAAAUGCGUCAAGCUGUACUAUUAAUAUAUAUUUGAUGGUGGGGUUAUGAUGUAAAUAAGGCACGCUUGCUUUGCAGAUCAUGCGGAUGUGAGCAAUAACUCGGGCAGCUAACGAAUGUCACUCAAGCUGUAGAUUCUGUCAUGUUCCAAAAAUGGCUUUUCACUUUGGUCCUGUCAUUCAUUUAUUUUUAUUGUAUUUUAUUUUGGGAGGUGACCUCACAGUGGGAUGAGUGUUUUCAACACAUCCACCUCACAAUCGAGAGUCUCUCCCUGUGCGGAGUUUGCAUGUUGACCUCAUGCUUACGUCUCUGGUUACUCCAGCUUCCUCCUGCUUCCUCAAAACAUGAAUUUCAGCUUUAUUGAAGACUCUAAAUUUUCCAAAAGUGUCAAUGUGAGUGUUUGACCUUGCAUCAAGAUGGGGGAAUAAUAGAAGUUGUUUCUUGAUGGAAAUUUACCCGCCGCAUCACGCAAACAGCCCUUGAAGCCUUCCUGCCCUUCUGCUGUGCCAAAAGCCAACCUUCUCCACGUUCUUCAAGAGCUUCCUGAUGCGUUGUACCUCUUCUUCCUGUUUCCCAGCCUACCUUCAACAACCUUCCGACAGCACAAGCACAGAAAAAAAAUAUGGUUUUGAUUGUUGUUCGACACAGCAGUGCCACAUCUAGCGAGCGUGCUAGUAUGCUAGCUAGCUCGGGCAAGGGCUCGAACAAUCUCGCUACUCACGCUAGUUUUGUUUUCGCUUGUUGUUUUGAGCUUCAGCUUAGACUUAGAAGUGCCCUUAUCUUGUACCUCUGAUUUUCAAUCCUCUUAUACAUUGUGUUUUUGACCGCCAACACUGGAAUUCCAACAAAGCCGAAGUACCUUUGCCCCCCUCUUGUGGACUGUUAUUUCAUCAACACUUUUGAUUGUGACCGUCGCUCUGUUCUCCAAUGGUCAGUGAAUGCAACCAGACUGAAACGCUUGCAGUGAUUUACACACAAUAUGCUUAUUUUUUUGUUUUUCCUAUUGUAGUGCCCUUAUACAUAUGUGACUAUUAUGGUACAAUCACACACAUAUACACACACACACACACUACUGCUGUAAAAGAUGGUAUCAUCCAUGUCAUCACUGAGACAAGAUCAUUUUUAUUAUUUUGUUGUUUAUUUUAUUUCAAGCUUUGACGAUAUCCAAGUGUCACCAUUUGUUUUUGUCUUAUUUUCUGUAAGUAAUAUUUCGUGCUCUGUAUAGUCAAACUAAUUUCAUGUAGUCAGAUGGAGGAGAAAAAAGCAGGGGGGAGGGGGGAUGUGUCUUAAAAACAGACAAAAAACAAGAGUCAUUUGUAAUUUAUUGGAUUACUUUCUAUGAAGUUCUAUAGAGGAAACUGAGGUUUAAUUAUUUUUAUUAAACAUAUUCUUCUGACUAUCCA